AUGUCUACGCCUUCGCCCUCUGGGGCCCCCAAACCACCGUCGCCGGCUAUAAUACCGGUUACUCCUUUGCCGGGCAUCCUUUGCGUCCCGCUCCCGCCCUCCACGACGGCGCAGUCGGCCAAAAGAGCCCGGACUGCGGACGAGGAAGCCCGUCCUGCUCACGCCACCACCGCCACCCCUAAUGCUUCUGGUUCCAUUACAACCUUCGCUGAGACCCUCGUCUCUGAAGCUCUUGCUAAAGCGGAGGUCUACCGCUCUAUCGCCUCCGCCCUCGACUCUGACCGCCAAGGCGUAAACUCUGCCUCGGCCUCCCCGCUCCACUCCCCCGCUCCCAGCCCUAUCCGCAAGGCUGCCCCGCCUCCUACACCCCAAAGUGACGGCCGUAUCUUCCUACGACUAGAUAGGGACUCCCCCUUCGCCAACAACGACACCUUCGCUAUUCGCAAAGAAGUGCAAACAUUCCUCCGCCUCGCCCCACCGACAUCCCUGGUUGCCAUAAGGUCCCUACAGGUUUUUGCCCUCGUGCCCAAGAAUGACGCUGUCCGCCAGACCCUCCUGGCCCACAAGGAUGAGAUUAGUGCCCGUUUUGGCUGCGUUCAAGUCGAAGUGCCCAAGAAAUGGGUCACCUACGCCGUCCAGAAUGUGCCCAUGACGAUGCGACUCGGUAUGGUCCCUGUCGACACUACCACCGCCAUCAAGGAUGAGAUGCUCGUGCAAACCAGCCAGGAGCCCAUUGCCCUCCGUCCCUCCCAGUACUACCACCCUGGCGAGGCCUAUGCAACCUGA